UAAUUGGAAGCUUCCAAUGGAAGCUUCCAAUACUUCUAAUACCAAAGUUUUAGGAAAACAAAAUUCUUGCAAUACUUAUGCAGCAUGUAUUGCUUGUGUUAAAAAACUAGAAAAUGAUGAGCUUUUAAAAAAUACUUUUACAAAUAAAAAAUCACAAGUCAAAAAUUAUUUAAAAACUGUUCAUAUUUUCAAGAAAAAAUUGGAAGUCAAGAAGAAUUAA